UUGAGAGAAAGAAGUUUGGCAUUGGCUUGGAGAACAAGGAGCGGAAAGGCGUGUGUCUGUUUCUUUUAUUUAUAUAGUCACCUUACCUGUAAACAGCGCUCUCCAAAUUUGUCAUUUCGCAGGAGUUACACUUCUUUUUGACAUUCGAUCGCGAACAGAAAUGAGCUUUUUGUUUGGAAGUCGCUCGUCUAAGACGUUUAAACCAAAGAAAAACAUACCAGAAGGCUCCCACCAGUAUGAACUUUUAAAACAUGCAGAAGCUACCUUGGGAAGUGGCAAUCUUCGUAUGGCUGUUAUGCUACCCGAUGGGGAGGAUUUGAAUGAAUGGGUUGCAGUAAACACUUUGUGCCUUUUCUCGUCAAGACAAAUGAUGCAGGCUGUAGACUUCUUCAACCAGAUCAACAUGCUUUAUGGAACUAUCACUGAUUUCUGCACUGAACAAAGCUGUGCUCUUAUGUCUGCUGGGCCCAAAUACGAGUAUCAUUGGGCUGAUGGAACCAAUAUAAAGAAGCCAAUCAAAUGUUCAGCACCAAAGUACAUUGAUUACUUGAUGACCUGGGUACAGGACCAGUUGGAUGAUGAGACCCUCUUCCCAUCAAAAAUAGGUGUUCCUUUCCCAAAGAACUUCAUGUCCGUGGCUAAGACCAUCCUGAAGCGGCUGUUUCGAGUGUAUGCCCACAUUUACCACCAGCACUUUGACACUGUGAUUCAGCUACAGGAAGAGGCCCAUCUCAAUACUUCUUUCAAACACUUUAUCUUCUUUGUUCAGGAAUUCAACUUGAUUGACAGAAAAGAACUUGUACCUCUGCAAGAGCUGAUCGAUAAGCUUACCACCAAGGACAGAUAAAUGGAGAUAAAACAAAAAGAAAAUAUUUCCUUCAAACAGACUAACUAUUCUUUGAUUUCUCUCUUUUUGUACAGACAGUCUAGCUUUGUUCUGUGUGCUACAGUAUGUGAAAAGUUUAGAAGAAUGUCUUUUAGCAAGAUAGGGAAAUGACAGGCUUUGAUGCUUAGCAGGUUGUUGGCAAGUCGUCUUUAGACAGGCAUCUUUAAUGUGGUACUCUUUUAGAUUGUUGGUGGGUGUUUUGCUAUAGUGGCAACAUUAGAACACCCCUAACUAGAACACCCCUAAAACUAAUUUCUGAUUCAAGUGCCUAGUGAGAUUCACAGGUAUGGUGGGACAAACCUACUACGUACAGAUACUGUAACAAUUUGAGAUUCAUUCAGCAAAUGUCUACUUUAAUUUGGGAAGAUUUUCACAAUCUGACUUUAAAGUCACUGCUUUAUUAGUAUUUAUUAUUAUUAUUAUUUAUAUAAGUUUUUUUAUUUGAUUGGUCAAGUAACUCAACGUUCAAUGACACAUUUCUUCUAAAACAGUUGACUAAAACACUAGAAGCUAGUCCUUCUGAAUACAAUAAACAAUUUUUUUUUUAUGUUGUAAUAUGAGGAAUGUCAAAAGUAAAUAUUUCAUUUAGAUGGCAAUGUAAGAAGGUAUAUCUUAGACAUAUUUGGUCAUCACAUUUAAGUAUCAAAAUGGGUAAGCAGAAGUCUUGUUUUCUGCUUCUCUGUUCUGUACCAGGUCUAUGGAUCAGUGGAGGGCUAAAAUCACAGGCUUUAGCAACUCCUCGGAAGUCUCCUUUUUGGAUCAACAGUCAUGUCAAAUGUUUUUUUUUUUUUUUUUGACAAAACUUAAAA